UUUUUAUCACGUAAUGAUUACAAUCCAAUACGAUAAUCAAGAUUAGUGCCAAUAGCUGUGUCGUGACUGUCAAGUGUUUCGGGCUUGGCCGUCAACGAUUGUUUAUUAUUUUACGAUUUAGUUAUUGUAAUUUUUUUUUUUUUUUCAUAGUAGUAGGUAGUUACAGUACCAAUCGACCGAACCUUGACGUUCUCCGUUUUCGCCCAAAGCCGACCGCUCUGGGCCUUUUCCCGUUUACGCCGUCCAUCACUUUUCCUUGGACAUGAUUGUUCUGGAAUAACAGUAAGUACUGUCUUAGCUGGGACAGCAGCGGAAACAUUAACUACGACAUUUGUCAGGUAAGAUGUCCGAUGACAUACCACCUCUGAUACCUGAAACACCACCGCCAAUGACUAAAUUGGAUUGGGAAGAUGAUGAGGAUUUCAUGGAUUUACCUCAUUUGGCCUUGGAAAUGCCGUCUGAGUCUAGUCUGAGCCCUGAUGGUGGAUGGAAUCCUAUCGAUGAACUGUCUUUGCCUUAUGAUGGAAAUGCCAUUGAUGAACCCGGAGGUUGUAUAAAAUUGAAUACCUCUCCGUCAGAUUGGUCAUCGGAUAUCGUGAAAACUGAUCAAUCUUUUAAUUCAACAUUAUCUGAACAACAGCCUAGCUUAAAUCAAGAUAACCCAUCCAUAUGGAAAGAUAAGGAGAACAUUGUACCACAGGAGAAUAUUAAGAAAUUAACUUCUACUCACAGUUGUGAUAGUAUUAAUGAAAUAGACUGCAAACCAGAGAUCAAAUACAAUGUAUCAUCUGAAAAUGUAAUAGAUAGUAAGAAAAAAGUAAAUGAUGAUGACCUGUGUGAAACUAUUGAACAACAUACUAGUGAUGUAGAAAAUACAAAAAUAAACUCAACUUUACAGAAUUUACCAAAUUUAGAGUUACAAAUAAUUAACCAGGAAGUUGUUGAAAAUAAUGAAAGUAUUCAGCCCGAUAUUGUUAUUUCUGAAAAGUUUUCAUCAAUCUCAUCAUCUCAUCAAGAAACUUUAGUCAAUGGUCACCUAGAAAAUGUAAAUAUUAAAAAAUUGUCCAAUCAAUCCAAUAGUGUUCAAAAUAUAUUAUUAGAUAAUUUAAUAAUUGAUCCAAGUGAUAAUGAUACUAAAGUCAAUUCUUCUAGUGGUGUGUUUGAAAUUUAUAAUAAUGAUUUAUCAAUUAAGAAUAACAAUAACAAUUCUAUUAUUAUGAAAAUCGACCAAGAAGAGUAUACAGAUUUCUGUGACUAUGAAACUUCUUCAUCCAAUGUUAUGAAUUUGCCUUUACCAGAUAGGACAUCCAAAGAAGUAACUGAGAAUUGCCCAAACAUUGAAGAAAAAAUAAUAAAUAAACAAUUUAAUGAUGAACAAGCUGAUGUAUCACAUGAUAUUUCUAUUUUUAAUGAGAAAAUAGAACAAAAUGUUGAACCAAUUAAUACUAAAUCAACAUUAAAAAAUCUAGAAAACAAUAUAAUUAAUUCUGAUCAAAAUUUUGAUUCUGAAUUUGAUGAAUUCAGUGAUUUUCAUACAUUUUCAAUUUCAACUACUGAAAAAAAACCUAUAAGUACAACUGAUAAUGAUGAUUUCUGCGAUUUUGAAACUAAUGCACCAUCAUUUAAAAAUACAAUAAUAUCUGAAAAUUCCAAGUUUCUAACCAGCAAUGAUAAUAUUGAUUCAAUAUUUAAAUCUGACAAUCAAAAUAUUGUGAAUCACAAUGACAAUAUUGAUGACAAUUUCUGUGACUUUGAAUCGGGUUACUCUGGAUCUGAUUUUAACACAAGUCGUCAAGUUUUAGAUGUAAAACAAAAUUAUGUACCAAAGUCAGAAUUUCUUAUACAACUUGACUAUAAAGAAUUUUGUAAAGAUGCUUUUCAAGGAGAUUAUGAGUUAUCUGAUGAAGUUGACUUACAAAAUUUAGACCAUGAAUUAGAUGAGUCGCAAGUGUGGCAAAAUUUAAAAGAUAUAGAAUCCAGUCCAGCUCUUAACUAUAAUUGGUUGAAAUCUGAAUCAAAUAGUGUUUUUUUAUCCUCACUUUCCAUUGAUUCCAGAAACAUAUUAUAUGGUGCUUCUUGGAACCCAAAAAUGCCUAGAUUUGCAGCAAAUAUGUCUAACAAUCCAUUGGAACCACUAAAAGCUUCUAAUAACGAUGCAACUGAUACAAAAAUAUCUCAAUCUUUUUCCAACAGCCCAUUACAGGAUACAGUGCCAGACCCUGAAUUUGAUUGGAAAAGCAGUGGUUUAAUAAAUCCAUUAGACUGUAAUCAUACGUCGCUACUAGACCUCGAACUCCUUGAUACACUUGCACCAUGCUGUACAAAUGCUCUUCAGCCUCAAACAUGGAAAACAUCUGAGGUCGUAAAAGAAGAAGGAACACCAGUCCAAAGCAGUCCUGAGAGUGUAGAUGUAUUUGAUCAGUUUUUCAAUUCUUCAUUAGCAUCAUCAUCAGAUAAUCAAUCAAUAGAGACAAUAGAAAGCCCAAGCACUUCAGUGGCAACAGUGAGUCUUGAAGCACAAAGAAUUUUGGAUAAUCUGCCUAAUUUUGAUGUGUUAGAAAAACCUUAUUUAGCAAUUUUAGAAAAAGAAAGUAAUAAUUUCUUUUUUAACUAGUUUAUAUGACCUAAUAAUAAUUACUUAAUAAUUGGGUUUGCUAGAUAAAAAGAACUUAAUAUUUCAUUUUACUUGUUGAAAUCAAAUCCACCGAGUGCAAUAAGUUUAAAUAAUCUGUCCAAAUUGUUUUUA